AUGUGGAUCUUGGCACUGUGGGUGUUCCCUCUACUCUGCCGAUUCAGCCUGGCAGCUUUGCCACAUAAGCCUGAGAACAUUUCCUGUGUCUUCUACUAUAAGAAAAACUUAACUUGCACUUGGAAUCCAGAAAAGGAGGCCCAUGACACAUGGUACACAGUUAACAGAACUAACUGUUAUGGAGGAGAACAUGAGUUAUGUAGAAUUGAAAAUCGUGCUUCAUGUUCUUUUUUCUAUCCAAACGUCACAUACCCAGAUAAUUGCAGCAUUGAAGUGGAAGCUGAAAAUGCAGAUGGUAAAGUUAAGUCUGAUAGGACACAGUGGAAUUUAGAUAACAUAGUGAAAAUUGAACCACCUGAGAUUUACUAUGUGAAACCAGUUUUGGGUGUCAAACGAAUGGUUCAAAUAAUGUGGAGAAGGCCUCAACUGGCACCUAGGUCAACAGGUUUAAACUACACUCUUCGAUUCAUGACAGUGAAUAGUGCCAAGUGGCUGGAAGUCAAUUUCAGGAAAGGUGUCUAUGAAGAGCAAACAUACAACCUCACAGAACUGCAAGCUUUUACAGAAUAUGUCUUAACUCUGCGAUGUGUGGCUGAGGAAUCAAUAUUCUGGAGUGACUGGAGUGAAGAAAAAAUGGGAACAACUGAGGAAGAAGCUCCACUUGGCCUGGAUCUGUGGAGAGUCCUCAGACCAGCAGAUACAGAUGGAAGGAGGCCAGUGCUGCUGUUGUGGAAGGAGGCAAGAAGAGCCCCAGUCUUGGGGAAAACACUUGGCUACAACAUAUGGUACUUUCCAGAAAACAGCACUAACCUCACAAAGACAACGAACACAACUAAUCAGCAACUUGAACUGUAUCUGGGAGACGAGACCUACUGGGUGACUGUAAUUUCUUACAAUUCUGUUGGGAAGUCACCAGAGGCUACCCUGAGGAUUCCUGCUAUUCAUGAAAAGUCAUCCUGGUGCAUUGAGGCCAUGCAGGCCUACCUCACUCAGGACCAGCUGGUGGUGGAGUGGCAAAGCUCUGCUCCAGAGGUGGAGACGUGGAUAGUUGAGUGGGUCCCAGAUUUGGACUCAGAGCCCGCUGCCUUUUCCUGGGAAUCUGUGUCUCAGACCAGGAACUGGACAAUUCAGCAAGAUAAUUUAGAACCUUUCUUGUGCUAUAACAUCUCUGUGUAUCCAAUGUUUCAAGACCGAGUUGGCGAGCCUUACUCCAUCCAGAUUUAUGUCAAAGAAGGAGUUCCAUCAAGAGGUCCCACAACAAAGGUUGAAAACAUUGGUGUGAACACUGUCACAAUAACAUGGGAAGAAAUUCCUAAGAAUAAGACAAGAGGCUUCAUCAACAACUACACCAUAUUCUACCAAGCUGAAGAUGGUGAAGAGUUUUCCAAGACAGUCAACUCCAGCAUCCUGCAUUAUGACCUGAAGCCCCUGACACGCAAUACUGCUUACAAUGUUUUGGUCAUGGCCAGCACCAUUGCUGGGGGAAACAAUGGGACCAGUCUCAAAUUCAAGACAUUGUCAAUUAGUGUCAUUGAGAUCAUCCUCAUAACUUCUCUGGUUGGAGGAGGGCUUCUGAUACUCAUUAUCUUGAUGGUGACAUAUGGGCUGAAAAAACCCAACAAAUUGAAACACCUUUGUUGUCCUGAUGUCCCCAACCCUGCCGAAAGCAGUAUAGCUGUGUGGUAUGGAGAUAACUUCAAGAAUAAGCCAAAUCUGAAGGAGGUACAGUUUGAUGACUCUGUGAACACUGAAGACAGAAUUCUAAGACCAUUUUACCCCAGUGAUCUCAUUGACAAGUUGGUGGUGAAUUUUGAGAAUUUCCUGGAAGUUUCCACAGAAGAACCUCUGAAGCAUCAGAAAAGCAUUGCUGGAGGGGAGAAGAAUGAAUACGUCACCUCCCCUUACAUGCUUCAUUGUACCCCAGGAAAGACCUCUCAGGAGCCCCCAAUUUCAGCUAAGAUUUCACCCAGAAAGUCCCAAUACAUAUGUUUGGGAAUGCCAGAACGGCCUUGCUCAAAAGCCAAACAGCAUCUUCUCUUCUCUUGUGAAAGUUUGGAGCCAGACUAUCUCUGUGAGGAAGGAAUACUAAAUCCAUACUUGAGAAAUUCAGUGACAACAAGAGAAUUUCUUGUGCCUGAAAAACUUCCAGACCAAACCAAGAGAGAAGUUUAA